UCAGUUAAUUUGGAAAACUCUGCUAAACUGAAAUUGGUUCCAUUUUGAACUUUUUAGUGUCACAGAAUCAAUAUGUCAGUUUGCAAAUCGUUUCUCUAAAAUUUUCCUCCACUUCUUUUUAUACUCGGUUUCUUCAGAAGCUAAAUUGUGAACUUAAAUUUUUUAGGCGUCUCUUAGGAUUCUUAAAGCAAAAUGCCUCGAUUUGCUGCUGCUGGUAGCAGCGGCGGUGAUGAUAAAGCCUUAACAACUGCUGAUGGUCAAUCGCAGAUAAUCCAGGUUUGCGUGAAGAGUCAGGAUGGGAAUAAGGUGGUCUAUAACAUUAAGCGCAAUGCGAAGUUAAUCAAACUGAUGCAUGCUUACUGCAGAAAGAAGCAAUUGGAUAUUCAUACUGUGCGUUUUAUUUAUGAAGGUCAUCGCGUUCCUGGGAAAUACACGUCAGAUGAGCUAAAUUUGGAAGAUGGUGCUGAAAUUUGUUGCAUGUUUCACCAAUCGGGAGGUGGCGUCUGUAGUAUGCCAAAGAUUACUUCGGCUUUUAUAUGAACGAUGCCUAAUAGAUUUAAUUACCAUGUCGAAUAUGUAAGUGAAACUAUUCAGCAGGUUUCUAUAUUACAGAUUUGCGAGUCAAUAUAUUAGUCCUUGAAUUUGUGUGUAUCUAACUUUGAAGC